CUGCCUUUGUCUAUGCGGUACAUCAUCAUCUACUAUUUCCAGGAAUUUCAAUUAAACAGGAAAAAUACAAACGCAAUUUUGCCAUUAAUUGUUAUUAUAAUUUUUUUAUGAAUAUUUGUAUUUACGUAAAUACAUGGAGUUUCACCAAAGGAAACGACCCUAUUGGGUGGAUUAGAAAUGAUUCAUCUUACCGAUUACACAGAAUUUAUAAUCCUAUUCUGUGCCGAUUAGGUGCAAAUGUCAGACAUCAGAAAUUUAAUUUGUUGAUAGUUGGAAAGUGAUGUCAUUUGUUACGCACAAAUCAAAAAUAGGGCUCAAAAGCAAGAAAAAGCCACCUCCUAGGCCUCCACCUCCACAUUUUGCAAAAUAUAAGAGUAAGUCUUCGUUUAAUUUAAACCAACCCCUCGAAAGUCUAAUAGAAUGGAGCCCACCGCGCUCUCCAACAGUUGAUAGAACCCAUACCUUUGGGGGGAGUGUAUCCAGUUCAUUCAGUAGUAGUACAAGUAGUUUAGCUUCGAGUAAAAAAAGUUUUGAAUAUGAUGUACCAGUGACAAAUAAUUUAUGGCCAAUUAACACAAAUGGUAAUUAUCAAAACCACCCAAAGCCAACACUCCAACAAGCUGUCCAGUAUGGAAAACCAAAUGUAUCGGCACCAGUACCAAAACAAGCUAGCAUUCCUAAGCAAAGUAAUGUAUCAAAAGUUAAUGUACCAACUAUAUUUGGACCAACGAUAAUAAGAGCUCAAGUACCUAAAAUUAAACCAAGUGAACGAAAACAGAAUAACAGUGAUCCUCCAUCACCAGUUCUACCAAUGCCAUCGGUUCCGCCUCCCAGCCCUCCUAAGGAAGCCUCAGAUGUCGAUGUGCCUUUUGGCAUUGCUUUGUAUGAUUACCAAGCAACAGAUCCUAGAGACCUUUCAUUCCAAGUCAACGAUGUAGUAAUUCUCUUACGGCGUAUAAACAGUGAGUGGUUAUAUGGAAAAGUUCUAGACAAAGAGGGGAUGUUUCCAGCAAAUUUUAUAGAUAUUCAAGUGCCCCUAUCGGAAGAUGCCAACACUGUGAUGGCUUUAUAUGAAUUUAAUCCACAAAUGGCUGGCGAUCUGGCAUUAAAGCCUGGUCAGCUAGUUAAAGUUUUAAGAAGAAUCAACAACGAUUGGCUCUACGGAGAAUGCAACGGUCAAACGGGACAAUUUCCUAGCAACUUUGUAGAUCGAAUUCCAAAUAUAUGAAAACAUUUAACUGCAGGUGCAAAUGUUUUCAUUAAUAUUUUUAGCUGAUAAUAAAAUUUAACGUUCUUUAUUGUAAAUUAUUUUGCAGUCUUUUUUGUUGUAUAAAUAUAAUUUUAAUAGCAGGGUUAGGAAUUUGAAGUAUUAACAUGUGAUUAUUGUUACUGGAAAUGUUUACACACAUUACAAAUGUGAUAAUAACGUGCCUUAUGGCUUAUUUUUGUGUAAUAUAUUUAAUAUUCAUUA